AUGCAGGCCUUCGACAUUAAGAAUGAGUUGGCCCGUAAGACUAAGAAAGCUGUUGGCUUGUUCAAAUCGCUGAACAACGCUGAGGCCAAGAUGAGAGGGCUGAUAGACCAGGCUAAGGCAGCCAAGCAAGCUCAAGACGAGGCCGAAGAAAAGGCUGGGGCAGCAGAGGCUGUUGCUAAGGUCCUCAAGGCCAAGAAGAAAGAGACUGAAGCAAAAACUGCCGAAGCCCACGCCGAGCUCCUCGCUGCCUUGGCCACAAAGGAAACCGAGAUCAAAGCGGCAGAUGAGAAGGCAUAUGCCGAUGGGGCAGCCGACAUCCGAAAGGACUACAAGAAGCAAGUGAAAAAGGCAUACAACAAGGGUUACACCCUUAGCUGGAUGGCUGCCUUAAAGGAGUUGGCUGUCCCCGAGGACUCAACUCUCCGAGAUAACAACCUCAUCGUCUUGCUAUUCCCCCUCACUCCAAGCCAAUCUGAGGACGAGGCUGAGUCUGAGGAAGAUGCCGAGGCCGACAUGUCUGAGAAGGCCGAAGCUGCUGGGGAUGAGGGGGAUGAGGUCUCAAAAGAUGCCUCCCCUAGGAAGACACCAUCCGAGGCACCUAUCGUCGAGAAGAGCCUCGACCAGACUCUUGAAGAGAUCAAUGUCGAGCUUGUGGCUGAGAAGGCUGUUGAGAAGAGUUCCCAGAUGUUUUCUGAGCCCCAAACCUAUCCAGCCGAUGACGCUGAAUAG